AUGGAGACCCUUCUGGCGAAGGCGCUGGAGUCGAAACUCAAGUAUUACCUGCGCUCGUACACGCGCGACCAGUUCCGCCUGCAGGGCCGCACCGUGGAGCUCUCCAACCUCGACCUGAAUGGCGAUGUGCUGCACUCCAUCAUCGGCCUGCCGUCCACCCUGCGAGUGGCCAAGGCACACGUGGCCAAGCUGGAGAUCAAGCUGCCAGCGCUGUCGCUGGUGAACAAGGAGCCCACCGUGGUCGCCAUCUCCACACUCGACCUCGUGCUGCGCGAGACAGCGCCCCAUGAGCCCCCGCUUUCCUCCCCGGGUGCACUAGCAACGAAGAGCACAUCGUAUGGCUUCGCGGACAAGAUAGCGGACGGCAUGACGUUGGAGGUGGACGUGGUGAACCUCAUGAUUGAGACGCGUGGGGGCAGAGAUGUGUCGGGCCACGAUGCUGCCACAUGGAUACCCCCCAUUGCCAGCAUCACCAUUCGAGGCCUGCGCCUCUGCACCACCAACGAGCGCUGGCAGGUGGUGAACCUGGCGGACACGCGCACCUUCUUCGCCUCCCUCAAGUGCAUCUACAUCUUCCGCCUGUUGGAGUGGGAGUCGUUGUCAAUAGACCUCAUACCGCACCCCGACAUGUUCCAUGCGUCACUCGAGGUCAACUCCAGCAAGGAGGGUCAGGAGCGCGAUGGCGACGGGGCCAAGCGGGCCUUCUUUGGAGGGGAGCGAUUCGUGGACAACAUCAGAGGCCGGGCUUACGUGCGCCCUUCCUGCCCCCUCCUCGCUCUCCUUUCGCAUUCUGUUGUCUCUGCCCUUCUGCUGCCUUCCCUGCGUCACCAUGCCCCUCUGCGUCUGCCCUGCAAGCCCUUCCCGCAUCUCCCACCGCCUCAUCUCACUGCAUGCGCGUCACUUGCCCUCUCAAUGCAACCCCAUUCGUCUGCGUGUGACGAUGCAUCGCACGGAGCUGAACAACCCGUUGGGACUGGAGGUGGACAUGCAGCUGUCAGAGGCCAACGGCUGCGAGCGCUGAUGCGGUUCAUGACGGGCAUGUACGCGUGUCUGCUGCGAUCAGACCUCACCGACAUGAGCCAAGUCGGACCCGAGACAGCAGGGCGAGUGCUCAUCUCGCUCACGUUGGAACGCCUCUUCAUCCGCAUCCAGGAGGAAGACUACCAGCUGGAGCUAAUACUGCAGUCACUCAAAUACGUGCAGGUGAGGCCUCGCACCCCUCUCGCCCUUCCACUCGGCCCCCACUCUCGAAAUCACCCUGCCUGCUGCAUCAACCGCGCUGCCACACCAUCCGUACGCACAGGAUUGGAUGCACGAGUGCUGAACGCGUCUCACAUGUGCAUGGCCUAUGUCCCCCGGCAGGGCAGUGCCUCUGAGGCGGACGGUGCGACGUUGGCGAACAUGGUGCGCCUCUACCUGGGCCAGCUCUUCCUCAAGGACACGUAUUCGGACCCGCCAGUGGCGCUGCUGCAGCCGGUGCAGGAGCACGCAAGCAGCGACGUGGAGCGCGUGCCAUCGUUCGCCAGCGAGCACGUGUGGCCGCGCAUCUACCCCGUGGACACAGACGACCACUGCCUGCCCCCGCCCUCCAUGUUCCGCCUCUUCUCCGCCUUCUCCCUCCCCCCCGCUCCGCCCCCCGCCGUCGCCUCGCAGCUCGUCAUUCGCUGCGACCCCCUGCAGAUCAGUCUACAGGAGGAGUCGUGUUUCCGCAUAGCAUCGCUGGUGGCGGAUGGGUUGAUGGUACAGCAGGCGGACAGCACGCCCCCCAUGCCCGCGCUGCGCUACCUGCUCUUCAUGCUGGACGGGCUGCACCUCUCCCUCUCUGUGCCCCCCGCCGCCUUCGCCCCGCCCUCUCCCUCCGCCGCUGCCGCUUCCGCCAACGCCGACUCGCCCUCCCAGGCAGGGGAGGGGGGAGCAGCGGCGGCAGGGGGGGCGGGGGAGGAGGCGCGGUUCACGGGGGCGCGCGUGCAGGUGGGGGGGUUCAGCGCCAUGCUGGACUCGUUCAUGCCCUUUGACCUGCUCGACGUCGAGCGAGACGCCGCGUGCUUUGCUCUGUGGCCGGGGCAGCCCGUGGACGCGGGGCAGAUGCGCCUCGCCGUGUGGGCCGACCUGCUCUCUGUCUCCCUCGACGUGGGGGACGGCCAGGGGGGUGACGACAGCAGUACAGGGUGGGGGAGAGGGAGCAUGCGAGGGGGGGGUGGAGGGGAUGACGAUGAUGCAUGGGCAUCAUCACCGGUGUCAUUCGAGGGGCAGUCGCGCCUGGCAGCGGCGGCAUCACAGCAGCUGCAGUGUGUGUGCAUCAAGGACCCGCGCCUCGAGAUGGCCAUGCUCUCGCACGACGGCAAGCCCAUCGCGCGCAUGCCUCCCCCGGGCGGCACGUUUCGGCUGGGCGUGGCGAGCCAGGAGGUGACGUGCAACACGUCGCGGGUGCAGCUGCUGUUUGUGCUGCGCAUGGCGGACUACCUCACGCGGGUCAGCCGUGCGCUCGUCAAGGUGGGCAAGGGCAACCAGCGCGUCACCGACCCCUCCAAGGGCCUCUCUGCUCUCGUCGAUGCCGCCUCCGCCACGACCCCAACUGCCUCCGCAUCUCAACCUGCCAAGAACAGCAGCAGCGGUGGCAGCGGUGCAGGGGGGGGAACGGCGUCAGCGCUGUCAGAGCUGGUUGCACUGGCCCCGGGGGACAGUGCGGUGUCGCUGGCAGUGGACGCUCUCAACCUGCGCAUGCUGGAAUCAGGCCACACAGGCGACAGCAGCGCUGGUGACGAGGGUGCGGUGCUGUCGCAGCUGGUGGGGCGCGGCAUGAGCACGAAGGUGACACACCAGUCGCUGGGUGGCGCUGCUGCCACGUCAUCCACCAUCACGUGGCAGAGCAUUCGCGUGGAGUGCGUGGAGACAGAAGAGACUGCAGAUGGGGCAGCAGCUGCUGCUGCAUCAGGGCUGCAGUCACCCGGCAGCAGUGCUGCCCCCCCGCGCUUGCGGGCGGUGCUGUGGUCGGGCGACGGGGACAGUGACAUGGACGCCCUGGCGCGCACUGGCACCAUGAGCGCACCCGACGCCUCCUCCGCCGCAGGCUUCGCCCUCACGCGCUCACCCUCCGCCUCCGCGUCCGCGCUGCCGUUCCUGCACCUGUCGGUGCUGCAUGUGCUGCCAUACGACAGCAACGAUGCCUCGUCGCACUCGCUCACGGUGGAGGCCAAGGUGGGCGGGGUGCGGCUGAGCGGCGGGUGGAGCUACAACGAGGCGCUGCUGCGCCGCUUUGGUGUGCUGGACGGCACCACGGGGGGCCCGGGGGCGCACAUCGUGCACCUGCUGGACGUGCUCCAACACAGCGAGGCCCUGCGCUUCCUCCUCGCCUCCAGCACCAACGAGCCAGGUGUGUCCCGCCCCUUGCUCUGUGCCACUGCUACCCUGCGCAGCUUCUGCCCUCAUUACGCCACCCGUACUCACACACCCACCAUGUCAUGCUCGCUGCCCCACUAUGCCUCCCACCCCACUUCCCACCCCACAAAUCCCCAAUUUCCCCGCCUCUUCCCACACACAUCUCCUUCUUACACGGCUUCUACCAUGUCAACUCCCCUCGUCCAUGCAGCAGCUCCGCCAGCGGACCCGGCAGCAGCGGCGGCGGCAUGGGAGGUGGCGCUACCGCAGGAGAUGGACGUGGACGUGCAGCUGCUGGACUGGCUCUUCGCCCUCGAGGGCGCCCACAAGGCCUUCGUGGCUCUGCCCUCCACCACAGCGCACGCCGUGCAGCGCCGCGAGGACCUGUCAUGGCACUCCACAUUCCGCAUGUUCCGCGUGUCCGCGCACAGCAACCCCUUGAACGAUGCGCACCGCCGCACCGGCACCACGCACCGCCCCCCGCCUGCUCCCGGCAGCAGCCCCGUGGCCAACAUCCUGAUCCGAGUGGAGGGCAUUCAGGCGUUCAAGCCGCGCAUAUUCGACGCCUCGGAAGCGUCAGUCUGCUCGCCGUCCGUGCGCCCCUCUGCUGUGUCUGUGUCCGCCUCCGACUCCUCCCUCGAGCUCUCCACACACCCCGCCUCGCCCUCCUCGCGCCCCAUCUCUCGCUCCGCCUCAGACGCACCCCUGCCGCACCACACGUCCCUUGGAGCGCCUGCAGCACCAGGUGCAGCAGCAGCAGCGGGAGGCCCUCUAGGGUCAUCGGCGCGCAGUGGGCUGGAUCUGGAGCUGCGCCUCGCGUCCAUGCCCGCUGCACCCGACACUGCAUCUGCCAGCGCAUUGGGUGUUGGCAGCAGUGGAGCGGCGGGGGCGGGCAGUGAGGCGGGGGAGGCGUGGGUGGUGAGGAGCGUGCAGAUGGCCGUGCAGGAACCGGUGACAGUGGAGGCGACCAAGGAGGACCUGCAGCACCUGCUGGACGUGUGCAAGAUGGAGCUCAGUGCCGCCAGUCGCAUUGCCGUGGGCGGGCUCAUGCUGCUCAGGGAGCGUGGCAGCAGCAUCGUCACGCAGGCCACCAUCGACCAGCUCGUCCACUUCGGUCCGCCAUCUCUUCUUCGACUCACCCCCCUGGCUUUUCUCCUCUUCUGCCUCCUGCCUUGGCCUUGCAACUCUCACUCCCUCUGUAACAACCAUUCUCUCAUCUCAUCCUUCUGCGGCGGUCUUCUUCGCUUCCCCAUCUUGCCAUUCAUCUUUGCAUCUUUCGUUCCAUUCGCUCUGCGAAUGGUGCUGCUCUUUGCUUUCCGUGUGCUGCUCGUCCCUCCCCUGCGUUGUGUUCCAGGCAAGCGGCUGGUGAGUGGAGACGAGUCGCUGGCGUCGCUGGCACAGGCGGUCCAGGAGGUAGCCACUGACAACCUGACAGCCGAUGCCGCGGCACACGUGGCAGCGCGUGAGCAGCAAGUGCUGCAGGCCACCUCCCGCAUGCACUCCCUGGCCGCCCAGCUUAAGGCGCAGCUGGAUGCGGCAGAGACGGGUGGGGAGGAGUUGAGAGGCAUGCGAGGGGAUGUGGAGUCCUUGUUGGCGGAGAUAGAGACUGUCAAGAAGAUGCUGGCACAGGCAGGUGGGAAGGGAAGUUAG